CACGUACACCCGCGUACACACCACGUACACCGGAUGCCGUUGUGUUGCGUACGCGGUCGGUGCGUGCUAGUCGUCGGCGCACCAGUGUGCUGCAGGGGAUGACCCGGAACUACCACUCGUCAGUGUCAGCCACGUCUCGAACGCGCGACAUUCGCGUGCGUUUAUCAUAUCACGACGAUUGCCGUUAAUAGAGCGGCGUAGUUCGUAUAAGCGUAUAACGUUGCAGUCCUUCACGGUGCAAAUCUCGCCUUCGGUGUGUCUCUGCAGGUCAGCUCGACGCGCGCGCCGCCGAAUGCGCUGCAGCUACAGCUGCGGGACGGCCGCCCGCACGACGGCUGCCGCGACGCGGUCGUGGCCGCUAUCGAUUGCCGUGGUCGGCCGCCGGUAGGACGACUGUACAAGCGGCGGACAUCGACGAAGACGCCGCCAACAAAGACAACGACCUCGGUGAAGAUAACGAUAACAGUACGAAUAGGACGUGCCGCCACAUCUGAGCAACUUGAUAACCGCCGUCCGGGACCUGCGGUUGCAGCGGCAGUUGCCGCUGCGUCUGCACCGGCCCUCGUGGCACCGCCUGCACGCUCGAGCCUGUCUGCACUAUUACCAGCCCAGCCACCGGCCAUGGGAACCGUGCUCAGCAUCAGCCCCAAAGAUCGCAAGUCCGUGUACCCGGCCAUGGCCAGCAGCGCCAGCGCGGCCGAGUUCACACUCAGCAGCUUUACAUACGAGCAGUUGACCAAGCGCCGGCACGCCGACGUCAUGGCUGGUCGUAGCAUAUCCAUGAUGCUGCCGGCCAAUAUUAACAUAAACACCAUCAACAACAACAUCAUCAACAACAACAACAACCACAACAAUCACCACCACAACAAUAACAAUUCGGAGAACAAUUGUAAGACGGCGACGACAGGUGGCGAACCACAUCAGCAGCAGCAGCAGCAGCAGAGAGGCACCCUGGAGAAGAGCUUGAAAAAACAUUCAGCCUUGAUCAACGCUCUCAGCUGGAAGCGGUUCAGCACGUCACAAAACAAAAAGAAGUUGGAUAAUGGUGUCACAGCCGGAGGUGGCGGUAUCAAAUCCAAGCAACUGUUAGGAGGUCGGCAACCAUUGGUAGACACCAACGCCAACGUCGACUGUGUUGGCCGGUCUAAUGGCGUCCGUCGGUCGGCCACCACGACUGGGCUGGACGUGGCCAACAAUAACAGUGGCGGCGCCGACAAACUGGUGCCCCGGGCCACGCUGGUGCCGUCGCACACGUGCCACAACCUUGUGCCACGGAAAACCAUCAUACAGGCAAGUACAUCCGAGCUACUCAAGUGCCUGGGCAUCUACUUGCACCACAAGUGCUACAAGCUCAACGAUUUCCAGGCCGGUGACGCGGUUAUGUGGUUAAGGACGGUGGACAGGAGUCUCCUAAUACAGGGAUGGCAGGAUGUGCCGUUCAUAAACCCGGCAAACGUGGUGUUCGUUUACAUGCUGGUCCGAGAGCUGGUCGACGAGCGUGUGGCCACGGAACCGGAACUCCAAGCCGUGGUGCUCACGUGCUUGUACUUGGCGUACUCGUACAUGGGCAACGAGAUAUCGUAUCCACUAAAACCGUUCCUGGUCGAGGACAGCCGGGACGCGUUCUGGGACCGGUGCCUGGGCAUCGUCCGCGCCAUGUCGGCGAAAAUGUUGCGUAUCAACGCCGAACCCGCGUACUUCACGGAGAUCUUCAGUGAGCUCAAGGCUUGCGGCACGCUCAACGCGGUGUUGCAGACGGCGUGAUGAGUGCGCCGCCGUCGCCAUUCAACUGUGACCACCGCGAAACACGCAUAGCACAAACCGCGUCGUCGUCGCCGCCGCCAGCAGCAGUUGUAACACCAAUGGCAACGGUAACGCGCGUCGCUAUUAAUAUUAUUAACGUUACUUAUAUAUUAUACCGUCGAUCGUCCAAACCAUGAUGUUGUUAAUGUAUAAAUAUUAAGUUAUGUGUAUUGGAACAUGUCUUCCCACAGUGUCUACCGCGUUGUAUGAUAUUAUUAUUUUAUCUAUUAAUUAUUGUUAUAUUCAACCGCGUACCCCCCCCCCCCCUAUCCCCACCCAUCCAACGGCCCUAACACUCUGCGAACGGUACCAUACAUAAAGUUUGUUCCAACACGGAAUUCGAGACUAGUUUCUGCAGACGGAUCCGUGAUUGGUUUACUGCGCAUGCGUGAACUUGGAGCUCAGUUGGAACCACGGACUAAGAUAUAUCUUAGUCCGUGGUUGGAACACACACGAUUCGGGCUGUGCACGAUGACAGUGCUUCUGACUCCAAGUCCCCAUCUGAAUCCCUGAGAACAAAACUAAAAACUGGUCUAAUGACGUGUUGGAGCAGACGCGUCUGACGGUUUGAAUUUGUAUUUCUGAUGCGUGUGAACGGGAAAACUACAGCGAAUAUUCCCGCCACUAGUUCUGUGUUAAUUUGAACGCGUGUUGGAACAAACUUAUCGUGUACUUUCGGAUAAUAUUAUCAUCAUAGUCCAACUAUAUCGUGUAUCGAGUUAACGCUAUAUAAUAUAUUAUCAUCAAAACUAUACCAUGUUUGUAUUACACCGAAGAACGCGUAACACAACUGAUGUAGGUACCAUAUUAUGUACGUAAUAUUAUUAUCAGGCUCUGGACACUGUAAAAUGUUAACAAUAAUUUGUUGGAGGAAGAUAAUAUCGUUAUAUACAUGUGUAUGUAUUUGUAUAUGAUCAUACUGAUUUUACUCCAAAAAAAUGGCAAAUUAGUUUUAGAUGACCUUGCUCUUAUAAUUUCUUAUCUGCAGUGUCCAUUCUGAUAAAAUAUGUAUUCUAUGUUAUUAUAUUCGAGAAGUAUGCAGUUGCCAGUAAGUAUACUGCUCGGUUAAAUAACAUAUAAUUGUGAUCAAAAUAUCACAUACAUAGGUACAAAGAUGUUUUGAUUCUGCGGAUCUGACACAGUACGUACAAAAUUUGGAAGAAAUAUCGCUGGUCGUAAAACAUUAUUUAUUAUUGUAGUAUAUAUAGACUCGUGCGCAAGGGUUUCACCUAUAGUGUUCGCGCGCACCCGUCCACCCGCGACCACCCAUCAUGUCCGUCCACGUUCUCGAAUCGAUAAAUUCCACUGCCCGGGGUGCACUUACCCACAGCAAAUUUCCAUGGAUAUGUUAUAUGUGGGCGGAGUGGAAGCUUUUUUUCCUUCGCACCAUCAAAAUCUUCCCGUUCUUUUACCGAAAUCGAGUAACAAGCAAAAUCGUAUUUCUCUCUGUAUCCGCCUCAUUGGUAUCGGAGAAAAUUCGGUGACACAUCUCAAAAAAAAAUAUCUAGUCCAUUUCUUCGUAACCACCAUAUAGGCACGAUUUAAGACGGAAUGGAUAGGAAUAUAGGAUGCUAUGACGUGCAUGUGGGAGCCAAAAUACCCUAAGAGCAUAUGAUUUUUCGAAAUGCAUUAAACAUUUUAAACCAUUCGCAGGCCUCCGGGAUUCAAAUCGAAUCUUUUCAACAAAAAUAAAAUAGGGCAGGCAAAGCGCGUUACACGAGGUCGGUCACGUGAGCCUUGUCAGGUUUUUCGUGCCACGACCCCAAAAAAGAAGGGUCGUCAAGAGUAUAGGGUGAAGUAAUUUGUUUCCUUUAACAUACGAGUAGGGUUGCACCGUGUACGAAUAUUCAGCAUAAUAAUUAUACAUAUUUUAUACAGAGAGAUCCGUUGUUUCGCCUAAGUUUAUUCCGUCACGCAGCGCUGAAAUGUAUAAUAUAAAAUAUUAUACAUUUUAACAUUCAUACCUCUUGGUUUCGGAACCUUACAAAAAUAUAAAAUAAGUAAUCUGUGUAUAAUGCAAACAUAUUGCCUACCCCUAUUUUAGUAUGCGAAAUAUAUUAAAAAAAUUACCCAAAAGCGUUAUAUCUUCCCCCUCUUUGGCUUCUUCCAUACAUUAGUUUUACCUAUGUUCGAAGAGUGCGUUAAGGUUUUUUUUCAUUAAAAGGGGCUGGAAUAGUGAAAUGUAACAGGUAUUCGACGCAUAUGCCCUGGUUAGAAGACAUAUAUUAUACAUAAUUUAAAUCACACAAUAAAGUCACCGUAUACGUAUAACUCAUCAUCAGACAACAGCGUAUUACGUCCAUGGGGAUCACACUUGCGGAUCGAUUGAUGUAUAUAGGUUAUAUUAUUAUCGUGGUUUUUUCUUAUAAUGUAUAUUAUAUUUUUUUAUCGAAAGACAUAUUAUACUGCAUAAACUAUAAAUAAACAAAAUAAAAAACAAUGUAUAGAAUAAUUAAUAAUAUUUUGAAGAAAUCAACGGGUAGGUUUAUAUUAUAUAUCUCAUAUAAUAUUAUAAUAAAUUAUGUGUUCUAGACGUUUUCAUUUUUCAGUUUUUAAUCCCUCGCCGUCACCCAUUAUGUCUAACUGUCGAAAUCUCUUGCAAUAAUUUACAAUAAUUUUUUCUCUCGCGGUCGUGUAAAUAUAAUAAUAUUUGAUUUUAAUAUAAUAUAUUAAUAUAUUAUUAUUGUUCGUCGUGUAACAGUGAUAACUCUUCCCCCAAAAUCCUCACACAAUAAUCGCACGCACAACAGAAGAAAGGCAUUUUACUUUAUCGAUUUGAGUACAUUAUAUAAUAUAAUAACGUAACACUGAACAAAAUUAUAGGUUUUCGAGGCGAUUUUCUAUUUAUUUCGUGGUGACCCAAACGCGUGUACGUGUGUGCGGGUGGGGUGGGGCACGUGAUACACAAAUACCGCGGCCGCUCCACCCCACGUAGUCGUACUUACCCGUCGUUUGGACAACCGUAAAGCACGGGUUCAAAAUUCCUCCAUUUUUAAAUAAAAGAAAAAAAUUAUUAUUAUUAUUAUUAUGGUAAUUAAUGUUUGUUAUAAUAUAAUUUUAUUUAUAAUAUUACAGAUAUUAUAAAUAUUAUAUUAUAUUAUAGGUAUAGACAUAAAACGAUGUUGUUAUAACUUAUAACUAUAAGUGUAUCGAAUUAAAUUUGACAGGCCAUACGAUGCAAUAUAAUUAUUACGAUGUCAUAAUUUAAAUAAAAUAAUAUCUAAGUAAUUAUAUAGUCAAAUAUAAAGCAAUUUUUCUUAGAUUCGACUGGUGUUUGAAUAUAAUUUCCGCCAUAUUAUAUACAAUUUCAGUAUUCCAUACAAAACAUUCCAUUUAUUAUAUAAUAAUAUAAUAUAUAAUAUAAUAAUAUUAUAAUAUAAUAUAACAUAAUACAUUAUUAACUAUUAAAAAUAUAAAUAGACAACAAAUGAUGUAAACGCGUUCCGAACGCACUGCGUAUUUAAUUAUUAAUAUAGUUAAUAAUUAAAUUAAUCUUUUACUUUGUUAUUAUUAUUAUUAUGUUGUACGUUUUCCCUUCAGAAGACUGACAUUGAUGAAAUAUUUUUUUCAUAUUUUUACCCCUACUUUUUUAAGGUCCUUUUUAACAAUUUAAUAUUUACUUUAAGUAUU